AUGAUGGUGCCGCUGCACAUAGAAGGGGCUCCUUCCUCCUCGCGGCGCAGAGCUGCGUCUCCUCACGCCCCUCCCCCCCAACCCCGGCCGGCCCGGGCCGGUCCCGACGCUGAGAGCUGCGAGUCCCCGCCCGGCGCGCUCACGUCAGCUCCGCGUCCCGUUUCUUCUCCUCUUCCUCCCUCCCCCCUGCUCUCCGCCGUGUCCCGCCGCACUCCUCUCCCGCUGACUCCCUCAGGCCGCCGCCGACGCCACCGCGGCCGUUCGUUCCGUUCCGCACCGCCCGAGCCCCGCCCUGCUUAUAGGCCGCGCCCACAACCCACCGCCCUGCCGCCCCGCCUCCGGAACCGCAGCCAAUCGCUGCGAGCUCUCCCUUUCGCAGCCAAUAAGAAUUCAGUCGGGGCGGGACAGCGAAUCAGGAGGCCGGGAGAGGGGCGGUUGCUAGGUAGAUGGUGGGCGGCAGCGGGGCGGACGGGAGGUUGUCGCUAUGGCGGCCGCGGCCUAGUGGAGGCAUCGGGCCGGGCCCGGUCCCCGUUCCCGUCCCCUUACCCUUACCCGUACCCGAGUGGGCUGAGCUGUCCUCGGAGAUCCCAGUUGUGGGCCUGCUGCGUGUUCCUCCGCACGUACUGCCUGCCAAAAAGUCACCUCGCGUGGCAAGCAGAGAAGUGGAGCCCGCAGUGCAGGUGAAUUGGGAGUGUUCUGUGUCACCGUGUUUUCCCUGGGUUGGUUGUGAAGGGUUUGCACUGAGAGGGAGAGAAGCCCCAAAUGUUCUUGUGGGACAUGAGUGCACUUAUAGAGGUUUCCUUGCAGCUGUUGUUUCCAAUGACAGCAGUAGCAGCAUUAGAAACCAUCCAUGGACUGAUGGUUCGUGUUGUGCAUGUGGCAUUGCCCAGUCAGUGCUCAGUGAGCAGUACAAUAGUGUGGUGAAAGCAUCAUCAGCUGUAGUUCAGAGGCACAGCCAAAGCAUUCUUGCUGCAGCACAGGUGGGUGCUUGCUACUUGCUUUCCAGCUGGCUGGCUUCCUAAAAUGCUGCUUCCUAAAAAGCACAGUGUCUUUCUUCCCAAAUGCACCCACAGGUGAGCAGGUAUGCCCUCAGCCACGUAGCACUGCCAUCCCAGGCCUUGGCAGCGAUGUAAAGCAAAGCUCCCCAACACCAGCGGUGCUGACACGUGCCUGUGCACACACGCCUGUGCACGUGCUUUGCAUCACAAGGACAAGGGUUUGUUUUUGCCCUCAGAUCCAUGUCCUCGAGUGGAGCUGCCACCCAGCAGAGGGAGGGGAAGGCUUCACCAGCCUCAGGUCAGCCCUGGGGAAAGCGUUGGGUUUGCAUCAGGUGGGCGAGGGGGAAAUGUUGGCUGACAGUCAUAUGUAGAGCAGACACAGUCACACAAAGCUUGCCUGAAGUGGUUUCACACCUGAGCUUACUCCAGUGCUGCUCUGCAGGCAGGGGCCACGCAGUGGUUUUACUGCUUAGCAGUACUUUGCAUAUGCAGCUGUGCUCAGUACUGCAGAAUGGCAUUACUGCAGCGUUGUCACAAAAGGUCCCCAAGCUCUCUGCUGGCACAAGGGCCCAGUGGGAAGUGCAGGGCACCUAUGGCUGCAACGUGGCUGUGGAAAGGGCUUCUCUGGCACCAGGCUGGGGAGUGUGCCCAUGCAUCACAGAGUCUUAUCGCUUCUGUUUAUUGGUGAAGAAACAGACAGCAAAGCCAGCUUGUAUGAAACCCGAUUAUUCAAAUUUAUUAACAUCAAGAAUUAUGCAAUGAUGCUGUAGAAUUUUUUUUUUCUUUUUUUAUUAACAAAUAGAAAACAGACUGUAUACAACAGCGACCCCUACAGCACUAUGCAUCCACAAGGUAAAAAUGAAUGUGUCCUCCAACAUUACCAACCCUGGAUUGCUGAUUUCAACGUAGUUUGGAUUCUUAACAUUCGGAAUACAUGUGAUAAUACAAUUAGAUACCCUUCCACCACCUUUAUUCAUAACUCAAUGCACUCGAAAGAGGGCUGCUCACUCUGUCUUUAGUGCAAGCGUGAUAUAAUAAGGAGUAUUAAUAUAUAGUACCAUUAAAUUAAGUCCAGUAGUCUUGCCACAUUGGUUCAUUAGAACGUCCUGAAGUAGCGGAAAAUACAAUAUUCUAAUGACUUUUAACAUUUGCAGGAUAGCAGAAAAUAUAGAAACACCCAACCUCUGAAGCCAUGUGUGCUCCCCCUCCCCUUCCCUGCGAUACCCUGCCUCCAAAGAGAGCCUGCUUGGCUCUGCUCUGGGAACGGCCGGGUUUGUGCUCCUUGUAAAAUGCUCCAAUGCACUUCAUUGGUGAGAGGUGACAGGAUGGCGCUUGCACGCACAGAACCGCGGGACUAACAGGAAGGGCUGUGUCUCGCUUCUAUAGCCCAUCCCUGGGGAAGGGUGGGGGCCUCCUCACUUCUCCUGCCCCCCUUCCCAGCGAGACACAAAAAGAGGCUCCCAGGCCAGGAGCCCAGGAUUUCGGGUCUCUCACAAACAAGGUGAUGACAACUCACGUCAUAUCGGGAUCUGCCAAUACACGCGGUCACUGGAUUGGUUUAACACGCAUUGUAAUAGGACCGAACAGUUUCCAGCUGACAAAUGGGACCGCCUCUCCAGGGACCCUAUAUGCCCUCCCAAACCUACUCGGGAAAUAAUGGGGGAAGGGAAAGGCUAAAAAAAUAACUGGUAGCUUAGGUCCAGUUCCAUGAAAUUUCAUAUUCUACAGAGAAUUAAAAAGCAGCCUAAGGGGAAUGGAGCCGGGCAGGAACCACAAGCCAGCUGCUGCAAAUUACCAAGGAAGCUGCACUAAAAUGGGCAGAACCAGCAGUGACUGGGCUGAAAUAAACAUAGGGCAGUAAAAAAAUGUUAAAGCAAAAGGAUAUUCAAAGAAAGAAAGAAAGAAACAAACAAACCCAACUCCCCAAAGUUUGGCGGGUCCAGUUCUGCCUCAGCAAAACAUUAAGACUUGCAAAAAAAAUAAUAAAAAAAUAAAAAGAGAGGAGAUUAUAAAAACCACUAGUAACUAUUUUACAUGUUUUUUUUUU